CUGGUUGGUCGGUCAGUUGGUCGGUGGGUCAGUGGCCUGCAGCUCGGUUCUCGCCUCUCAUGUUCGGAGGUGGGAGGGACACGGGAGCGGCCCGCACACCUGAUCCGCCCGGACAGGAGCCCUGCACCCAGGAGAAGGAGGAGACUGAGGGGCAAGGAGUCAUGGCUUCCGAUGCCAGCCACGCGCUGGAAGCCGCUCUGGAGCAAAUGGACGGGAUCAUUGCAGGCACUCAGACAAGUGCAGAUACCAAUGACGGUGGCUGUGAGCCUGCGCGAGCCUCUCCGGCCUCCCACACAAACCCCUUUCCAGUGCUCCAUCUCGUUGAGGACUUGAAACUGGCCCUGGAGAUGCUGGAGCAACCCCAGGAGAGAGCAGCCCUCCUGAGCCAGAUCCCGGGUCCCACAGCUGCCUACAUAAAAGAGAGCUUGUCCCAGGUAAAUCACCAAGGUGCUGCUAAUAAUGAAACGUACCAGGAACGCUUGGCACGUCUAGAAGGAGAUAAGGAGUCCCUCAUUUUACAGGUGAGUGUCCUCACAGACCAAGUAGAAGCCCAAGGAGAGAAGAUCCAUGACCUGGAAGUGUGUCUGGAAGGACACCAGGUGAAACUCAAUGCUGCUGAAGAGAUGCUUCAGCAGGAGCUGCUAAGCCGCACAUCUCUUGAGACCCAGAAGCUCGAUCUGAUGACUGAAGUUUCUGAGCUGAAGCUCAAGCUGGUUGGCAUGGAGAAGGAGCAGAGAGAGCAGGAGGAGAAGCAGAGAAAAGCAGAGGAGUUACUGCAAGAGCUCAGGCACCUCAAAAUCAAGGUGGAAGAAUUGGAGAAUGAACGGAAUCAGUAUGAAUGGAAGCUGAAGGCCACUAAGGCUGAGGUGGCCCAGCUGCAAGAGCAGGUGGCCCUGAAGGCUGCCGAAAUCGAGCGUCUGCACAGCCAGCUCUCCCAGACUGCGGCCCUCCACAGUGACCAUGCAGAGAAAGACCAAGAAAUUCAACGUCUGAAAAUGGGGAUGGAAACUUUGCUUGUUGCCAAUGAAGAUAAGGACCGUCGGAUAGAGGAGCUCACGGGGCUGCUAAACCAGUACCGAAGGGCGAAGGAGAUGAUGAUGGCAACACAAGGGCCUUCGGAAAGAACUCUUUUAAUCAAUGAAGAAGAACUCGAGGGAAGUUUCAGAAAGUGGAACAGUGCGAAUAAAGGCCCUGAAGAAUUCUUUAAACCAGAGAUGCCUCCAAGAUGUAGCUCUCCCACCGUGGGGCCGCCUCCACUACCACAGAAAUCACUGGAAACCAGAGCUCAGAAAAAACUCUCAUGUAGCCUAGAAGACCUAAGAAGUGAACCUGUGGACAAGUGUGUCAACGGGAACCAGCUCUCCCCUGGGGUGGAAGCCAAGGACAACCCUUUCCUGGUGGAGCACAAAUACCCCACGUUACCUGGGAAGCUUUCAGGAGCAACGCCCAAUGGAGAGGCUGCCAAGUCGACUGCCACUGCCUCGAAGCCCGACCCCGCAGGGAGCAGCCCGCUGCGGCUGAGAGACACAGAAAGUGGUUGGGAUGACCCCGCCGUGGCCAACGAUCUCUCAUCCACGUCCUCGGGCACUGACUCAAGCCCCCAGUCUCCCCUGACCCCAGAUGGUAAACGGAGCCCCAAAGGCAUCAGGAAGUUCUGGGGAAAGAUCCGAAGAACUCAGUCCGGGAACUUCAACACUGACACCCCAGGGAUGGCGGAGUUUCGACGAGGUGGGCUCCGGGCAACUGCAGGGCCAAGGCUCUCUAGGACCAGAGACCCCAAGGGUCAGAAAUGUGACGCCGGCGCCCCCUUUGCCCAAUGGAGCACAGAGCGCGUGUGCGCGUGGCUGGAGGACUUCGGCCUGGGCCAGUACGUGAUCUUCGCUCGGCAGUGGGUGACUUCUGGCCACACUUUACUGUCAGCUACCCCUCAGGACAUGGAAAAGGAGUUGGGGAUUAAGCAGCCUCUGCACAGGAAGAAGCUGAUUUUGGCCGUGAAAGCCAUCAAUACCAAGCAGGAGGAGAAGUCGGCCCUGCUGGACCACAUCUGGGUGACACGUUGGCUUGACGAUAUUGGCUUACCACAAUACAAAGACCAGUUCCAUGAGUCCAGAGUCGAUGGGCGAAUGCUACAGUACCUAACUGUGAAUGAUCUCCUCUUCCUAAAAGUCACCAGCCAACUGCAUCAUCUCAGCAUCAAAUGUGCCAUUCAUGUGCUUCACGUCAACAAGUUCAACCCCCACUGCCUGCACCGGCGGCCAGCUGACGAGAGUAACCUUUCUCCUUCAGAAGUUGUGCAGUGGUCCAACCACAGGGUGAUGGAGUGGUUGCGAUCCGUGGACCUGGCAGAGUACGCACCCAACCUUCGUGGGAGUGGUGUCCAUGGAGGCCUCAUCAUCCUGGAGCCACGCUUCACUGGGGACACCCUGGCUAUGCUUCUCAAUAUUCCACCACAAAAGACGCUCCUCAGACGCCACCUGACCACCAAAUUCAAUGCCCUGAUUGGUCCCGAGGCUGAGCAGGAAAAACGAGAGAAAAUGGCCUCACCAGCGUACACACCACUGACCACCACAGCCAAAGUCCGGCCAAGGAAACUAGGAUUUUCGCAUUUUGGCAACAUAAGAAAAAAGAAAUUCGAUGAGUCGACGGACUACAUUUGCCCCAUGGAGCCCACUGACGGUGCUGGUGACAGUCAGAGGGCCUACAGUGGCUACCGGGGCCUCAGCCCCCUCGAUGGCCCUGAACUGGAUGGGCUGGACCAGAUGGCCCCUUCGGAAGGCGCUGUGACGCAGAUAGGGCUCCUCUCCCAAGACAUUCACCGCCUCACGACUCUGCUGAGCCAGGACCAGCUACUGAACGACUCUCGCCUGCCUGCUCCCAGCUCUGAGGACUGGAGAUGACGUGCUUCGUGGCCGAGAGCCCAGAGAGGCACGCAUAGGGGUCUCAAGUCUUUGCGUCAAGGGGGAGCUGGCAUGGCCACCUGCAAAGCCCAGCCAGGCUAGCAGGACACCUGGGACGUGCCUACCGACAGGAGCAAGCAGAGCGGUGAACAGAUGUCCGGGAGGUGGUCCUGGGGGCCCUGUGUUUUCAGCCGUGCUGUGCUCUUCACUGUAGCUUUUAUACCUUUUGUACUUUUAUACGUGGACUGCACCCCACUUCUGUGGGGAGGCCGGUGAGAUGUCAGCACAGACUCAAUGGCUCAUGCUCUUACUGGUGACUUUGGGAGGUUCUUAACACC